UCGCCAACAGACAGUUUGAGAAAGCUUCGCAAGUUAAUUUCGUUGUACAGCAACAAACAUGAAACUCUUCGUUUUCGCUAUUAUCGCCGCAUUGGCACUCAACGCCGGCGUAGAGGCACAACGUCCACACUACCAACCAUUGAUCUAUUAUCCACCACCAAGGCCACCACCACGUCCCAUAUUGGUGCGUGUAGCGCGUGAUGUGGGUAUUGGCGGUUCAUUGGCGAGUAAUCCUCGUGGUGGCGCCGAUGCGCGCUUGGAUGUGGCCAAGGCGAUUGGUGAUUCCAAACACAAUUUGAUCGGCAGCGCUUUUGCGACGGGCAACACCGACCGUGGACCAGUUACCACGGGGGGUGCGUUGGCUUACAAUAACAACGGCUUGGGUGCUGCUAUUUCGAAGACACACACACCCGGCGUACGCGACACACUCACACAGAGCGUUAGCGCUAAUCUCUUUAACAAUGGCGUACACAGUUUGGAUGCAAAUGCUUUCAAGUCUCAAAAUACUUUGGCUAAUGGUUUCAAGUUCGAUCGCAACGGCGCUGGCCUGGAUUACUCACACAUCAAUGGUCAUGGCGCUAGUUUGACAAAGAGUACCAUACCGAACUUUGGCAGUCAGGUGGAGUUGGCUGGUAAAGCUAAUCUGUGGUCUUCACCCGAUCGCAAUACCCGCCUUGAUCUGACAGGCAGCGGUUCGAAGUGGACUAGUGGUCCGUUGAGUGGUCAGCGUGAUUACUUUGGCGGCGUGGGUCUCACACACAUGUUUGGUUGAGACUUUAUAUGUGGUGUAUUGUACGGAUUUAAAGUGGUGUGGUGUUCCUGUUGUAUCUAAUUUUGUUUUGUAAGACAUUUUUAAUUCAUAAAAUUGUUUAAUUUAUUGAUUGGUUUGAAUAAAAUUAUAUUUAUG